AUGAAAUCAAUUCACGAGCACAUGCUUGAAAAAGGCUUCUUCUGUCUGCCAACUUCAAGUUGUUUCCGUCCCUUCACCAUGCUUGGCUGUGCCAGCAGCCCCCGCCUCCCUGUAGAGCUCGAGCGCGAAAUAUUUGAACUCUCUGCAAGUGUCUGCGACAGCAAAGGUGUCUCGCUCACUCUCGUUGCACGGCGGGUACAAGCUUGGAUCGAACCACUUGUGUAUGAGACACUCGUUCUCGACAGCCGCAAGGAGUCCCAGCGAAUACUUGAUCUGGCAAACGAGCGACCGCUGGGCUUCCUCGCCUCAAUCGUGCGCAAAGUGGUUUUGACAAAUGCGACAUAUGAGCCACACAGCAUUCUUUCGCUUUGCUCUGGAGCAACGCACGUGGCGAUGGACGAAGUGGCCUGCAGCGACCUGCUUAUUCCGCCCGUCCUGGCCAGCAUGACGAGCAUUCGACACCUGACUAUCGCGGCGGGAGAGAUGCCUGAGUGCACGCUCGGAUUAAUUUAUUCUCCCGCGCCCGUCUUUCGUGGUGUCACUCAUCUUACGCUCCUUGAUUAUUUCCAUUUCGAAGGCGAUUUGCUCCCGUUUGUCGCGAGCCUCCCCGCCCUAACGCAUCUCGCGCUUUACCACCCCCCACUCUGCCAAACGACACGUCGCUUCCUCGAGGUGUGCACAAAUCUCCAUGUGCUGGUCAUAUUGGCCGACUCGGAGGAGGACCGGCUACGCAAGAUGGCGGGAAACACGUCCAUCAGCGACACGACGCGGGUGGCUAUCUGCGUGUGCAAGGGCUGGGCAGAUGGGGUUACGGUGCCCGAGGGGGACCCGGAGAACUACUGGACGGCUGCAGAGCAGAUUAUCCGCCGUCUGGGCCGCGAUCCAUAUACUUAUGAGAUAACAUUCAUUCUUUUGCUUGGUUCAAGAUAA